UUCACAGAGGAGCAUGGGUUUUGCCAGUACUUCAAGGUCCCCGAAGGGCACCAAAGUGCGGGGGUUGAGAAUGCGGACAUGGUGCUCUACGUGGCUGCCAGGUCUAAUUACGGGGAGUGGGGUCUCCCGUGUGCGUUUGGGACGGAUGGUCGUCCAAUUGCCGCUGCCCUGCAUCUGCUGCCUUCUCAAACGUUGUCCGUCAUGCACACCUCUCGCGCGGCUGCGCAUGCAAUCGCCUAUGCCCUUGGCUUCGUCGCGAAGCAGAUGAAGGAGCAUAAAAUGCUGGCGACCGUCUCUGAUGUGCGCGGCGGCAGCUCUCUUGUGACGGUGGUGAAUUCUCCCGUUACGCUGAAUAAAACGAAGGCACACUACGGCUGCGACAAACUGCAGGGCAUGGAGCUGCAGGGCUGCGACGGGACGGAGGAAUGCUACUUGUCGUUGCGCAACGCGAAGGACGAGCUGAUGAGCGUUCAUGGCGGGCAGACCGCCGGCUACUACACGGCGCUGACGAUGGCAAUGUUUGAGGACCUCGGCUACUACAAGGCCGUGUGGGGGAUGGAGGAGCCGAUGGCGUGGGGCAGAGGCGCGGGCUGUGACUUCCUCGAGAAGCCGUGCUCGGACAAAAGCCCCACCGAGCACCCCGGCAUGUUCUGCGAUAAAAAGACCGAAGUCAAAACACUUCGCUGCACGUCCGACCGCCAAGCCAUCGGUCAAUGUGGUCCGAACGUUGCUGGACGCGGCGCCGACCCAAAGGAGACCUGCUCUGUAUUUUUCCCACCUCAUGAGCAAAUAUCAGAAUUAUUCUGCGCUGUGGAGGGAACCAACGCACCGCCCGGAUCCCUCCAUGGGGGUGGCUCGUGGUGCCUCGAUGCGGAGACACUGGAGGCCAGGAGCAAGGCGACUGACAAAGACUACACCGAAGUGCACGCGGUGUGUGCGGGGGUGCAGUGCGAGGCGGGCAAAGUGAAGGUGAAGUACCUCGGCGGCGACGCGUGGCAGGAGUGCCCCGAGGGGACGUCUAUCACGCCGAAGUCGGCGUACUUCAAGGACGGCGGCAAGAUCAAGUGCCCGAAGUACGAGGAGGUGUGCACCAUGGCCGCCAACGGCAGCAGCCUCGUCAAACUCAGCUCCCCAGACACGGACGGCAAAAAAGCGACAAGGACGGCAAAAAAGAGGACAAGAACGGCAAAAAAGACAAGGAUGGCAAAAAAGCCGACACGGGCGGCAAAAAAGAAGACAAGGGCGGCAAAAAAGAAGACAAGGACGGCAAAAAAGGCGGCCACGAUGGCAGUUCUGCUGUUGCUGUUCUCUCCAGUCUGCUUCUUCUCGCCACGGUCACCGCGGCGGCGGCGGUAG